UCCCUAUAACCUAGGGUUUCUCUCUCUCUCUCUCUCUCUCUCUCUCUCUCUCUCUCUCUCUCUCUCUCUCUCUCAUCCCGGUGACUCUUCAACCGGAAAUGAACCAAAACCAGUUGAAACAACUUCCACCACCUCACUACCAACCGAUGCUCAAAGAAUCAAUCAACCGUUUCCUAACCGAAUACCGAAAAGGCGCUACCAAUUUCACCGACUUCACUUCAAUCUUUUCCCGCACUCUUCACAGCACACCAGACCCUCCGAUUCCAGUUCUGUGGUUUUAUACAGCUCUUGAAUUUCAUACUUACAGGUUGGGAGUGGGAAAAGAAUGUUCUGGAACUUCAGUGGAUGCGGUUAAGGGUUUGUUUCAGUUGCUGGUUUCGUGUUCCGAUGGGUGUGUGUCGAUGAAGAGGAUUGGUGUUCUCGCACCUUUGGUUUUUGAGCUUUACCGUUUGGGGGUUUGUGAGAAGGAAGUGAAGAGUGAAAUUGAGGGUUUGGUGGAAGGGGUUGUUAGUUAUUGUAGCAUUUAUUGUUUGAAGAGUGAAGUUGAGGUAGGGGGUGACGGGGUUGGGGUUUUGGAAGAGGGUUUUGUGGAUUUGAUACCGGUUUGGAUGAUUGGUUGUGAGGGUGGAUUUGGGGCUGGGGGUGGUUUGAAGGAGUUUUUCCCUUUUGUUAGUGAUCAGAUUCGGAAGGGAAUUGAGAUGGGUUGUGAGGUUGGUUAUUUGGCUGGGGUUGUCAUGUUUGAAGCUCUUUUGUUGAAAAUGUGGUUGGUUUUUGAUGCUGGGAUCACAAGAGGGGAGAAGGCGAAGAAAUUGCAGGCUUCUGCGGCUCAGAUCAUGACAGGGUUUCAUAAUUUUUACUUUUUGGAUACCCUUUUCAGGAUGAUGUUGGAGCCAGUUUUACCAGUGAUCUCCUUGCUGGGUUCUGAAAAUGAAGCUCUUUUAAAAGAAGUACUGUACAAUUCUGUGAUGAUGAUGGAUUAUUCAUUCAUAAACCGUCAAGCCGGAGUUUCACUGUAUGCCAACGGCCUGAAAGAUUUUGCAAUUAAUUGGCUGUUUGUUGCUGACUUAGCUAUUCAGUCUGCUAGGGAAAAUGGUGAUCACGGGAAGGCUACUUCUUAUACCCUUGCCUUCUGUAGAUCCUGCAUUCCCAUUCAAUUGAUAAACUGGGUUAUUAGUCAAAGUGGCAUAGACAGAAAGAUCGGCAGACCAAGUGUUUCCACUCCUGUAGAUCUUAUAAAAUGGCUUCUAGUUGUUGAGGAACAAGGAUUGGUGAUAUUUGGUUGUGGAAUUGCCAAGCAUCGUGCAAAGGCUGUCCUUUACACUUCAAGAACCGAGCGUAUACUUCCAGUGGUCAAACAUCCCUUUUUAAAUUUGAUACAUGGAGGGUCUGUGAUCGAUAGAGUUGGUGGUGAUGUAGAGAUGCAUGAUACCGUGGACGCCAUGAGUUUGUGUGGUGAUGAUAAAAUGAACACAACCACCAUUGAUGGAACUAGAAAACGCAAAGAAGGAAUUGAGGAUGACACAAAAGCUCAGCUAAAGUAUAUGCGAUGUCAGUUUCAUGAGAAUUCUGUGAAAGAAAGCUCCUUUAUAUUCAGGCAACAAUGAUAGUUUGACUAUCUAGUGGGAGUGUGACGAGGUAUUUUGGUUCUCUAAGCUUAGGAAUUAAUGGCGCAAUAUUGUUGAUGAAAACUUAUGAUAGUAGGCAGAGGUAGCAACUUUUUAUGGAUGUCAUUUUGGUUACUUUUGCUGCUAGUUGUUAAUAUAACAAACAUUUAGCAAAGUAUCUUCUGGCAUUAGGAUGCAUAUUUGGAAAUUCAUUCAACCUGGAUUUUCAAUAUUAUUUUAGUCGGCAUAAUGCCAUAUGACAGAUGACAUGAUGUACUUUGAAGCUUCAUAUUGCCAAACUGUGGCCAUUAGACACCUGUCUUGUUCAUGAAGCAAGAUUUAGUAUUAUAUGUAAGAAAAAUAUAAUUACAUGCA